CCCCUUCCCUUAUGCGCCUGCGCAAUUCUGUCUGCGUUAUAAAACAUGUCAUUCGCCAGAAGGCUUCUCAUCGGCGCCUCGAAAACAGCUUCAUUUCAGCUUCUGAAGGUGUCCUCAGUGAGAAGAACAUGUCCAGCACGUCUCAUCUCACCCUCUACAUCCACUGUGUGCUACAGCAGCACCUCUUUUUCCACAGAGCAACAAAACCCCUCCAGUCCAUCUGAUGACAGAAUUGAUCUCAGUGAAUCCUGUGUCAAGAGGCUUACUGAGAUUAUGGAUAAAGGAGAGUAUCUGAGGAUAACAGUGGAGGGAGGCGGUUGUUCAGGCUUCCAGUAUAAAUUCUCAGUGGACAAUGUCAGAAACGAAGAUGACAGAGUGUUCGAAAGAAACGGUGUCGGGGUGAUAAUUGACCAGGACAGUCUGGAGUUUGUGAAAGGAUCCACUGUUGACUUCAGUCAGGAGCUCAUCCGUUCGUCCUUUCAGGUGUUAAAGAACCCGCAGGCAGACCACGGCUGCUCAUGUGGCUCAUCCUUCUCUAUUAAAGUCUGACGCUCAUCCUCUCCAUCAAUUUAGUAGAAUUUAUUAGCCAUAUAACCAUAAGUUGUUAAUGUAUGUGUGGCUAUAUGCUUAUUUAAGAUCAAUCAGAAGCAUCAUUUACAGUUUUGUUAAUAUGUUGGUCUCUGAUAAAUGAUGAAACCAUUGAUUAACAGCUACAGACGUCACAUGAUGGAGGACAACAGAAUGCAGAACCUACAGCUGUUUGUGUUGUAUAUAAAGAAGAUUGUAAAUAUAUUUCCAAUAAAGUUAUAAGUCAUGUA